CAAAGAAAUAGCAGCCCCCUGAUUUUUAUUUUUAUUUUUAUUUUUAUUUCGCCACACAAGUGGGCUGCCUCGUUACGGAGUAAUAUUCCAUUCUAUAUUUAUCAUCAUCUUUGUUUCUUGUCCCACCCUACCACUACCACUGCCACUGCUGCUACUUCCCAGCUAUACAUAGUAUCUGCCUACCAUAUGAAUUGCAUUGCAUGCAGAAUCAAAAACUGGCAGUGCGGAAUCUCUAUCCAUGUACAUAUACAUACAUGUACAGUGCAUAAUUGA